GGGCGGAGCCGUGAUGUCACGAUACUCCGUCCCCACAGUACCCCUUUAAUACACAGAAGGGUAAUAUACCCUAAUAAAUGUGCAGGAUCCCUUUAAAAGUUAUGAAGGAAAUCAGGAAAACAUGUCACCCUUUGUCUGGAAACAGCAUCACUUACCAGAGGCGAUGGCGGAGGACAUAGCAGACGGGGACAUAGCACUGAAAGAAAUAGAACUUGGCGAUGUGGAGAAGAAGAGAGUCCCCAGGAGGAUAAUUCACUUUGCAAAUGGAGAAACCAUGGAGGAGUACAGUACAGAAGAGGAGGACGAUGAAGACGACCAGAGGAUCGACUUUCGGAAUGUAGACACGACACAGAUGAGCUGGAGAACAUACGUGCAAUUCUGGAUUCUCCGAGUCGCUACGACCGCCUUCUUCACUUGUGACUACCUCGGCGGAAGGCUGGCGACCCUGUUUGGUCUUAAUGUUCCUAAAUAUCAGUACGCCAUUGAUGAAUACCAGAGGACAAAGGAGGAGGACAGCGACGAUGACGAAGAUGAUGGUGAAAUAGUGAAAGAAACAGGAGACAAAAAUGCCCUUAAUGAAAGACAUCACUUACAGAUGGAGAGCAUGGUCUAUGGGACCAUUCAAGACAAUACUGUAGAAUCCAGGGAUACAUUUCAGAUGGACUCCGAGGUCAUUCAAUCAAAAAACUGAAUCUAUUGGCAAACUUCAAGAAAGUUGAUCGUCUGAAGAGUAAAUCUUGGCCCUUGUAGCGCAAAGCCAAUGGGUUUCCCAUAUAUGGUGUUCCGCCAUAGUGCAAGAGAAACCAUUGCUAAGUAGGAAGCAUAUGGUGCCUCAUGUCAACGCCAAUCAGCUUGUUGAUGGGUCCUCAAGAUUAUUAUAAUUUGGUUAUUCCCUAAUGUUUAGUCACCUUUGGUCUACACCUCACAUUCUCUAGGAUGGGAAGUGAAUGUAAUAUAUAACUUGACUGGCUUUGAAAUCGGGACAUUGAUCCCAACUCAUGGUGUGCGUAUCUCCUAAGGACGGUGGUUGUUGUUGUCAGGAGACAAUCCCUUUCAUUCAGCAGGACUGGAUAUUGAAUUGUUGAUCCAAAAGGAAGAAAGUCCGGCACUGGAUAUGCAUAAAAGUCUUUGCUUUAUUUCUGCUUUGGCAAGGAGUCACAACACAGAGCAGGAACGUCUGACGCGUUUCGCACCGUCAGGUGCUUAAUCUACGAUAACUUUUAUGCAUAUCCAGUGCCGGACAUUCUUCUUUUUGGAUUCGUAUUGUGAAGCCGGGGUGGGACUGGUGGGUUCGAUAGCACAGGUGUGCAAUAGCGGUCAUCAGUGAGUGAGCGGACAACACAGUUCUUAGUUCAAGGAUUGUAUUGUUGAUGUUUAAUCAGGUAAUAAGAAACCACUGGCUUUAUUGGGGCAAAUGUCCCACUAACUCAGGCUAAAACCAGUGUGAGAAAUAUUCUUUAUAUGAACUGUAAAUUAAUUUUUAAUUUAAUAAAGGUCAAACUAAAUGUUCUUAGAGAUUGGUGUUA